UUAUAGUUGUUGCAGUACUGGUCCAUUUUUUUUUUUUAUUUGAGUAUGAUUAAGUAUUUAGUUUGUUUUAAUGAAUUUAGUGUGUUUUCAAAAUAGCUUAUAAUCAACUUUGACUAAUUUAUAUUUGUUUAAAACUCUCUUACCAAUUUACACUAAAAGCAAAUCCAAACAUGCUCAAUUAAUGUUUCACUUAGUGUACCCAUUCUUUAUAGAUACUGCUGCUGCUUGGAUGAUAAUUUACAUUAUUUUGAGUUCAUUGUUGAAGUAACUACUUUGAUUUCAAUUUUGGAAUUUCUAAUUUCUGAAACAAUGUUGUCGAUACCAAAACUUGAAGCCCUUAUAAAAAAGGGUGAGGAAUCAACUGUUCUGAUACCAAAACUUGAGGACAAUAUCCCAAAAUUGCAAAAGUUGUUGCUUGAUGAGGAGAAGGUCUUAGAAGAAAUCACAGAGAGUUCGAAAGUUGAAACUGAGAAAUACCGCUCUGAGCUUGCUAAAGUUCGUGCUGAGCUUGAACCUUGGGAAAAAGAUUUGAUUGAGCACAAUGGAAAACUUGAAGUUGCAUGUACAGAGGCUAAGCUUCUAAAUGAUAAGAAUUUAUGGAUUCCACAGGGAACCUGUAACGCAAUAGAUGCUACUUCCAGGAGACUCAUUUGGGGAAAUGCUACAUCUCAUUGGGUCAAAUGGGAUACUAUCACUCAAUCUAGAAAGAAUGGUGGGCUUGGAGUGAGGCGAGCCAGAGACACGAAUGUUGCCUUGCUUGGUAAAAAAGUGUGGUCAAUGAUCCAUGAUCAUCAUAGUUUAAGGGUGAAUUUGUUGGAAUCUAAGUAUUUGAGACAUGAUUCGGUUCUCAGGCAAAAGGAUUAUACAAAUUGUUCUUAUAUUUGGGCUUCAAUUAAAAAGGUCUCUUCGAUUUUGAGUUCAGGAUUUCGCAUAAGAGUUGGCCAAGGAAAUGUGUCUAUUUGGUAUGAUAGAUAGUCUUCUAACAGGGUUGUGGGCCCUAAGCUGGAUUAUGUUCAUAUCCAGGAUUCUAUGCUUCAAAUUAAAGACCUUUUCGACAAUGUUUAUUGCAACUGCAAUAUUUUGGCUACCCCUAUCCCAGCCUUGUUGAAGUAUGAGCUGGAGAGUGUUUUUUGAAUGAUCAAGUUGUUGAUGUUGUCAUUUGGAAUGGCUCUUGUGAUGGAGAAUUCUCGUCCAAAUCUGCCUACAGGGGUUAACUAAAGCCCGAUCCCCCACAACUGCUUUAGUGAGAAACGAAACUUGGGUUUGGUGUCUCCAACUACCAAAAAAUAUAAAGCUUUUCCUCUGGCUUCUUGACCACCAAAGUAUCCCUACAAAUCUUUUUCGAGCUAACCAAAAUUUAUCUCUAGAUUUUUCUUGUUUCAAGUGUGGAGCUGCUAUUGAAUCCAUAUUUCAUGUUCUGCUUCAUUACCCCAAUGCUAGCAGAAUUUGGAAUAUGCUUCACUUGGAUGUUUCCAAGAAUCAUAAUGAAGAUUUCCAAACUUGGUUGCAGAGACACAUCAAGGCUGACUAUGGCGCUAUUUUUGCAGUCAGGUGUUGGCAGAUUUGGAAGGCUUGCAAUGUGGAGAUCUUCCAAGACAAAGUGCUGUCGGAUUGGUCCAUUAUUCAUCAAGUUCAGAACCUGCAUGACUUAAUCUCGCAGACUCUUCAAAACUCUACUAGACCUCUCAAUAUUACUCAGGUUUCUUAGACUCCUCCUCUCGAAGAUUUUGUGAAAUUAAACUCGGAUAGAAAAUCCUUUGGCAAUCCGGGCAGAUUUGGUUUUGGUGGCAUCAUUCGAAAUAACUUACCUUAUUGGCUACUCAGGUUUUUGUGGAGUUACAACCAUUCUUAAUGCAGAGCUCCAGACAAUCCUUCAUGGCAUCAACUUGGCUUAGUCGAAUGGAUGGUAUAAUGUUAGGUUCUCAGUUAUUAGCUUCCUAGAAUUUGAGGAUUAGGGACCUCCUAAGAACAAAGGUGAGAAAAGAUAUAAUAUAUCUUGCUGCCUAUACUCAUUACAUAUGAAAUACCUAUAUAGCAUACACAAAUGCUACAAUAACCGAAUGCAGAAAAUAAAAAUAACAUAAUGUAAAUGGCAGACAAGAAUAUUCCAAUAAUCUAAGUCAGCCAAUACUGUAGUGCUAGCACAACACUCCUCCUAAUUAGACCUUUUCAAACAUAAUUUUCUAGAUGUUUUGGUGGAGUGAUCUUCCUUUUGGGCCUUUCAUUCGUGCCUGUGGUAUCUUGUUGGGCCAUGAUUCCCUUCCUAUCAUCCCCCAUGCCAUCUAAAAACACCUUGUCCUCAAGGUGAUAGGUGGCUUUCAAACUAGCCCAAUCUUCCCAAGAAGUGUCAUCAGGGGAUAGGCCCGCCCAUUGAACUAGCACCAUCAAUCUAGGUUCAACAGUAGAGUGAUCCCAACGUGUGUUGAGGAUUGCAAGAGGUGUGAUGGUAGGUUGGUUGCCAACUUUUAUUGGUAGUAACACUACUGGAUAGCUUGCUUCUAUUGGCAAUUGGUGAAAUGCUUUAAGAAUUGAACAAUGAAAAACAUGAUGAAUGUGAGAUCCUUCGGGUAAUUGGAGUUUAUAAGCUACUUUGCCAAUUUGCUCCAAUAUUUGAAAUGGACCAUUAAAACGCUUGGCAAGCUUGGUAUAAGGUGCAUCAGUAGUUGAUGUUUGUCUAUGAGGGCGUAGCUUGACCAUAACCUAAUCCCCAAUCUUAAAAUUCACUUCCCUCCUAUGGUUGUCAGCAAAAUGCUUCAUGCUUUCAUGUGCCUUCAUAAGUUUGUUUUUCAAACUGGCAAACACAGCUUCCUUGUUGGCCAAAAAUCAUCAACUGCUUCAAUCUUUGAUGUACCCACAAUAUAUUGUGGAAUGCUAGGAGGUUUCUUGUCAAAGGUGACUUCAUAGGGAGAAACACCCAUGCUGGAGUGCCUAGAAGUGUUAUAAGACCAUUCAUCCCAUAUCAAGGGUAUGCCCCAAGAAGAAGGUUGAUUGUGCAAAAAUGCUUGCAGAUAUUGUCGAUAAGGUGAUGAACACUUUUGUCUGGCCACCAGAUUAAAACUCAUACGCAACUUGGUCCCACUCAGUUUGAAUAACUCCUUCCAGAAGUGACUAAUGAAUAAAGGAUCAUGGUCUAAAACUAGGCUUCGAGGCAUACCAUGAUGUUUGCCAACAAUCUCCAUGAAAAGAAGGGUGAUUGUGUGCGCAGUGUAAUGGGGUUGAAGCAUCCCUAAGUGAAUGCCUUUGGAAAAGCAACCCACAACUACCAGGAUGGUCGUAUGACCUCGAUAAGCCAGUAAUCCGACAAUAAAAUCCAAAGACAGGUCCUCUAAGGGGCUAGAAGGAAUGGGCAAUGGACAAAGUAAACCUGCAUGUUUUCAUGUGUCAUACUUAGUGUGCUGACAAUCACAACAAGUUGCUACAAAUUGUUGGACAUCAUCCUUGAUUCUAGACCAUGUGAAAUUUUCCCCCACUCAUGCUAAAGUUUUCAUAAUACCCAUGUGUCCACUUAUGGAAGUUGUAUGGAAUUCUUCUAACAAUGUUUUGAUGAAAUGAAGCCCAUUAGGUAACCAAAUACGAUCAUUUUUAAGAAUCUAAUCAUGAGCAAUAGUACAGUCAGAAUGAACAACUGGAUUACUCUUAAUAGCUUGUCGGAAUGUAAUAAAACAAGGAUGAAGAGAUGAUUCACGUUUGAGCUCCUGUAAAAAUGUGAAGCAAGGCAUAGAAAGCAAGAGUAAUUCUUUGGUGGGAGUUUCAGGGAUCUGGAAUAAGGCAUUUGCAACCAAAUUCAACUUUCCCGAACGGUAUUAGAUCGAAUAAUCAUAUCCAAUCAAUCUCAACAUGACAUAUGUUGCUCUUGAGUUUGCAUGACCUAUGUCAUUAAUUCUUUGAGGCUCCAAUGAUCUGUGAGAAUGGUGAAAUGGUGGCCCAAGAGGUAUUGAUGCCAUUUCUUAACGCAAUGGGGUGCUAAAAAAAGGUUUGCUAAAAAACACAAUGGGGUAACCUUGUUGAGAUAAAACCGCUCCCAUGCCCACUCUCAAAGCGUCUAUUUCCAAGACAAAAGGUUAGGAAAAUUUUGGUAGAAGUAGGAUCGGGGCCUUACUGACUGCAUUCUUCAAUUCAUCAAAAGCUUGUUGCGCGUCAUGGGACCAUACAAACUGCUCCUUCAUCAGAAGAUGUGUUAAAGGUAUCACAAUAGUGGCAUAACCUUUGAAGAAAUGUCAAUAGAAACCCAUCAAUCCCAAGAAACCCCAUAGAGCUUUAAGGGAACUAGGAGCAUGCCACUGUUGGAUCGCUUGGACUUUGGCUUGAACCAGUUCCACCCCAUGUUCAGAGACAAGAUGUCUUAAGUAUUCAACCUAACGUUGAGCAAAGGAACAUUGGGACAAUUUAAGGAAGAAUUUGCCUUCCAAUAACACCUGAAAUGCUUUUUCCAAAUGGAACAAGUGCUACUCAAAUGUUUUCCUAUAAGUCAAGAUUUGCGGUCUCGCUCACGUCCUCAUCCUUCACUAAAAUUUGAUGGUAGCCUUGUAGAAGGUCCAGUUUCGAGAAAAAACGAGCGCCACCUAACUCGUCGAGCAAUUCAUCCACUGUGGGGAUCUAAAAAUGAUCCUUUGCCAUAAUCGCAUUGAAAGCAUGAUAGUGCACAUAGAAUUGCCAAGACCCAUCUUUCCUCUUGACCAAGAGAACAAGAGAAAAGAAAGGACUCGUACUUGGGCUAAUAAUCCCAUUUUGCAACAUGGACUUAACUAGAUUUUAUAUUUCCUACUUCUGAAAGUAUGGGCAGCGAUAAGGACAAACAUUUAUGGGUUCAGAAUUGGGAAGAAGAAGAAUGGCGCAAUUAGUGGUAUAUGAUGGUGGUAAGGUCAUAGGGGCUUGGAACAAGGUAGCAAAUUUAUGAGUUAAGGAUGAAAUUUUUGGGUAGUGUUGUAGUGAGGGAUUUGUUUAGGUUGAAGGGGGCUCGAUUGGCAAGACCCGAUGUUGACUGGUUGUGAGAUAGGCCAUUUUCUAAAGGAAUUUAUCAAGUUUGGUGGAUAUGGUGUUUUGAGUGGCGGUAAGGUUGAGCUGAUUGGAGGUGAGUUUGGCGAUGAUCUCCUCAAUACGGUACAUAUUGGACUUGGAGCUAGGGGUGUUCACAAGUACGGGUCACCGGCGAACCAGAAUUGCCUUAAACCAAUGCGAUCAGUUUGGGUUGGGUCAUUUAUGUAUUUGGGUCAAAACCAAACCGAACCGAAUCAAUCAAAACCGUUCAUGUACAGGUUGGCUCAUGGGUUUAGAUUUAUAGAUUCGAUCAAAACCGAACUAAACCGAUCAAAACCAAUCAUAUUUUUUAUAGUUGUUUGGUUUGACUUUAAAUACUGCUAAUAUUAAGAUUCCAAAUGUUGGAACUCCAAGUGUUGGGAUUACUAGUGUUGAAAUUUCUUAAGGUAUUACUUUCAUGUAUAUUGUUAUUUGUUUCAUCUUUUUUCAUAUUUAUUUUUUUGUCAUGUUUAUAAUAUUAAUAGAUCAUAUUUUGUUAAUUUGUUUCAGUAAAUUUGA